AUGGACUCAAUACCAGGCGACCAAUGGAUCGGCGAGUACGCCAGGUGGCUACGUGUUCACGAAGCCAAGCUUGGUGAUCUCGCCGCUUCGACGACUGCAGCCAAGCGAAACGCUGCAGCUGCAAAGAUAGGUCGCGAUGCGCCGCCUUCGACACUGUCGUCCACGUUCUGGAACGUCGUUACCCUCGGCACUGCCGCCAGCGCUCCUGCUAACGGCUCCGCCUCGCUCACCGCUCGCCCCAUGCUGCUGCGACAAAACCCACACAAUUUGUACUAUUUACUCAUUCGCUUCGAAGCACUCGGUCUACCUGUGGGAUCGCUUGACAUCAAGGUGCCCGGUGCAGCACGACCUACUUCGUACUUUUCAUAUGUCGCUGCCACCGCUACCGACAAGAGUCGCGACGAUACCAUGUCGAUCAGCUCAAUGCGCAGUCGCAUGAGCGUCGUCUCUUCGUCCUUCAGCUCGUCACUCUCGUGGUUCGGCACGGCCAGUAGCAGACCGGACCCGUCGAGAGACGUCAAGUACAUCUACUCGUGCUUUACUAAGAUACCCAGCUUGCGACUCGGGCCCAUCCCGGCGCGCAAGCUUAUUCAAGACUUCGAGGACUGUCCUGGCCAGUCGGCGGUGCCACUGGACGUGUUCAAAAACUUACAGAUGCUGGAGCUGGACGAUGUGGAUCCGCGCACAUUGCUUGGCUGGGACAGGGUGUGCAUCCAGCUGCGCAGCUUGACGUGCAAGAAGAGCAAUAUUGAGGAUCUUACGGUUCUCUUGGUGGAUCUUGUCCUGCUGGAUGCGAAGCGCAGACGGGGAGAAAAGGUCGACAUGGGGCGGUUGCGGCGAGCUCCACCGACGGACGCAGGCGACAAUCAUUCGGCUUCCAACACAGACGUUGAAGAGGACGUGACACAAGCAGCAGCAGCGGCACCCAAAGAGACCAUCCCGACGUUACCGCAAGACCUGCCUUCGCUGGCAUGGCACUUCCUGCGCUACCUCAACCUGUCGUCCAACAACCUCACAUUCAUCCCCGCCGAACCUUUACUCUGCCUUUCGGGCCUCACCAACCUCGACCUGUCGUCGAACUUACUCAACGUGGUCCCACCUGCGCUUUCGCAGCUACCCGCCCUAACUUCACUCAACAUCUCGGACAACCUGAUUGACUCGGUGCUAGGCAUCUACGACGCUCUCCCCGCCAUCCGUGUGCUCAACUUGGCCAAGAACCGGCUCGAGAGUCUGUGUGGCGUCGAACGGCUCUACACACUGCAGCGCAUCGAUCUGCGCGGGAAUGCGAUCUACGAAGCCGGCGAGGUGGGCAGGCUGGCGCCGCUAGCCGGAAUUGCUGAGGUGUGGGUCAAGGAGAACCCGCUUGAGGAGGAGCUGUUGGAUUAUCGGGUCGAGUGCUUUGCCGAGUUUGCGCAGGAGGGGCGCUCGGUGCUGUUGGAUGGCGAGGCGGCAGGGUUCUUCGAGAGGCAGAGGGUUGCUGAGCGUGUGCCGAACGCGGCGAAGCUGUUUUCUCAGGCGGAUGCGAGGGAAAGUAGACUGGACACGGAGGCGGCCAGUGGCGCGACAAGGGCUGGUAAGAAGGUAGCAAAGGAAGAGGUCGGGGAGGAGAACGAAGCACAACUCGCCAAGGAUGUCGCUACCUCCAGCCGCACAACAACCGUCGUCAGGAAUGUACGCCACCGUGCUCCACCUCGUUCGGCAAAGGAGGACAACGCGAGGGACAGGGGCAGCGAGUUGCUGCAGCCAGGCGGUGAGGCAGGAGCAUCCGACGCGAGGUCACAGUCUCCUUCACGUAACCGCGAUGGCGCGCGUGCUCAGAGCGGUGGUGUUGCGAAUAACAGCGCUCAGCAGGUGAAUGCGAAACGUAGAAAUCAGCGCGUGGUCGAGCUGGACACUUCGCCGCAGAAGCCGCGUCAACGGACGUUGACGGAAUCAGAUCGGAUCAAGCAGGCGGCUUUGGCGGGGAACAGCAGUGCUGCGAUGGAGAGCCCCGAGGCACUCACUUCUCAAGUGAGAGACGGUGGUAGUGCUCAGGCGGACGGGGGCGGGCAACAAAGUCCAACUCGGCCUGCUCAGAAGGGCAAGGCAGGAGCUGACGUGUACGCAGGAGCACACGGCACGAUGCUCUUUGCUCUCCCACCUGGUUUAACUUCGCCGGAGAAGGAGGGUGCAACUCGAGCGGGACAAGUACGGACAUUUACUUCGCGGCGCAACCCUAUGGAUUCGAGCACACUGGGGCGCAAAACAGCAGCACGGCCGUUGGCGUCCGACCUUUUCGCGACGUCUUCGAAUGCAGCCACUGCACCGACGACGGCGAAGAACGAGGAGGCUGGUAAAGCGGUUGAGGCCGCACAGCCCGAUGUGCAACCGGCAGUGUUGGCUAGACAACGCAUCGCACGACCGCGCACAGGAUCUGCAGCAGCUCUGGCCAGGAGGAGCCGCGUCACGACGAGUCUAUACGAUCCGGAUUUGGCUACCCCCGAGACGUCUGCUGCGACACUGGGAGGCGUGAUGGAGGAAGAAGCAUCACAACCUGCCACGUCGACUCAGACGGAAUCGGCCAGCAGCAACAAUACGCGUUCCGACGCUUUUCGUCGGCGCAUCGAAGCGCUGAAAUCCGAAGUUGGCGACGACUGGUUGCGGUUACUGGCGCGUGGCGGGGUGGAAGGGGACAGGAACUCUGUGCUUCUGCUCGAGGCCGACCCUCCAGCGCAAAAGCCGACGGUGAAGGAGAGGAAGGCGACACGCAGAGUCAGCUGA